GGCGCCGCGGCCGCCCCUCCCCUGCCCGCCCGUCCGCCGUGUGUGGUGGCGGCCGUGCGCCUUUGCCAGCAGCGAGCGAGCGAGCGAGAAGAUGGCGGCGGCGGCGCCCGCCGCGUGAGGCGCUGAGGGAGACGGCUGAGCCCCGCCGCCGCGGCCGCCUUCUCCCUCAGCGAGGGGCCCGGGCGCCAUGGCGGUCCACGGCGCUCAGUAUAUCUUUGGGGAAUUCAGCCCUGAUGAAUUUAAUCAGUUUUUUGUGACUCCCCGUUGCUCCGUUGAGCUGCCUCCCUACAAUGACACCAUUUCAUGUGGUCUUAAGUCCACAGGAGAGCUCCAUGAUGGUAAGAAGCCAUUCCUUCUUCACCACUGUUUUCCCAACCCUUUUGAAGUCCAGUGUAUUGCAGGAGAGGAAUAUCAGAGAAUUGAAUUUGGUGUUAACGAAGUGAUUGAGGCAGGUUCGUCUGUGCUGAACAACAGCGACUACAGUAUUUCAAGCACCCUGAAUCCUCAGGCACCGGAGUUCAUUCUCGGUUGUGCACCGACCCCCAAGACACCCAGCGAUGUCCUUGGCGAAACCAAUCACAAUUCCCUUGACUGCCAGUUCAGUGACGCCUCCCUUGCUUUGGAUAAUGGCUCCAAUGCUGAGAACGAUAGUUUCUCUGGGAGCCUUGGACAGCGGGAACGCAAAAAGAAAAAGAAAAGGCCCCCGGGAUAUUACAGUUAUUUGGAAGAUGUGAGCGACGGUGUUCCUGCUGAGGCUUUGAUCAACGGACACGCCGGUUCACCCAGACUUAAUAGCAUCAGCAUAGACGAUGUAGAUUUUGCAGGUGACGUGCCAAGGACUUGUAACAGCCCUGACAAUUCUGUGGACUUCAGUAGUGAAGCUGUAUCGGAGGAUUUGGUUUCCGGCGCUCUAGAUACUACCAGAACUGCAGGGCAGCCAGAAGUAUGCAGUGUUACUAAUUUGGAACAGUCUUGUGUCUCCUCUGAUCAUGAGAGAGACAGCCCGUUAAGGACAGCUGUCGUGCAGCCUUGUGCUGAAACUACUGAAAACCUUGGCGUUACCAAUGGGCAAACACUUGAAUGCUCUAGCGAGGGCACAACUGCCAACGGGGUGGACUUGCAGACUGCGGAAAACACUGACUCAGACCAAGCUAAGCUGGAGGAGGCCUCCCCCCCUUCGACCGAGGCGGUCACCCCUGUUCCAGGAUCAAUGGUGGUUAAUCAGCCUGCGAAAUCAUGGGCAAGUCUGUUUCACAACUCAAAGCCCUCUGUUUCCACGCCUAUGGCUUAUGUGGAGACUAAGUAUAUCCCUCCUGCCGUAUCUCCUGUGGUCCCUGAGAAACAGGUUGACGUCAAAGAGGGGCCCGUUCCAGUGUCUGAAGAUCCUGUAGCCAUAAAGAUUGCAGAAUUACUGGAAAAUGUAAAGCUAAUACAUAAACCAGUAUCCUUGCAACCACGAGGGCUGAUCAAUAAAGGAAACUGGUGUUAUAUCAAUGCUACACUGCAGGCUUUGGUAGCUUGCCCUCCCAUGUAUCAUCUGAUGAAGUCCAUUCCGAUGUUUUCUAAAACACAGAGGCCAUGUACUUCUACGCCAAUGAUCGACAGCUUUGUCCGCCUAAUGAACGAGUUUACAAACAUGCCAGUUCCUCCUAAGGCAAAACAAGCUUUAAGUGAUAAAAUUGCACGAGAUAUCAGACCUGGAGCUGCCUUUGAACCCACAUACAUUUAUAGAUUGUUGACCGUUAUCAAAUCCAGCCUGUCAGAAAAGGUGAGGAUUCCCCACGGUAGACAAGAAGAUGCCGAAGAGUACCUAGGAUUUAUUCUAAAUGGCCUACAUGAGGAAAUGCUGAUACUGAAGAAAUUGCUAUCUCCACAUAGUGAAAUUUCCAAUGGCCCAGAGACCCAGCUAGUAAACGAAGAGGAUGAACAGGAAGAACAAGGUGAAGGCAGCGAGGACGAAUGGGAACAAGUCGGCCCGCGUAACAAAUCCUCUGUCACUCGACAGGCAGAUUUUGUCCAGACACCAAUCACAGACAUAUUUGGUGGGCAUAUAAGGUCUGUGGUUUACCAGCAGAGUUCAAAAGAAUCUGCAACUCUGCAGCCAUUUUUCACUCUGCAAUUGGAUAUCCAAUCCGAUAGGAUACGGACUGUUCAGGAUGCCCUAGAGAGCUUGGUGGCAAGAGAGUCUGUCCAGGGCUACACCACAAAAACCAAGCAAGAGGUAGAGAUUAGUCGAAGAGUAACGUUGGAAGAGCUGCCUCCUGUCCUGGUGCUGCACCUCAAGCGGUUCGUCUAUGAAAAAACAGGCGGGUGCCAGAAGCUCAUUAAAAACAUCGAAUAUCCUGUUGACCUGGAAAUAAGUAAAGAGCUGCUGUCGCCAGGAGUGAAAAGUAAGAUUUUUAAAGGCCAAAGAACCUACCGGCUCUUUGCAGUUGUCUACCAUCAUGGAAACAGCGCGACUGGUGGACACUAUACUACAGAUGUCUUUCAGAUUGGUCUUAAUGGCUGGCUGCGCAUAGAUGACCAAGCUGUCAAAGUAAUUACUCAACACCAGGUGGUAAAACCAUCAGCCGAGCGCACAGCCUACCUCCUGUACUAUCGCCGAGUUGACCUGCUUUGAAACCUCCAAUCUUCUGCUGUGUUUGCCAGAUUAUCCGCUUUCUAGAAGGCCAACUCUCUUCUCCUCUCUCCUUCCCCUUUCUUUUUCAGUGAUCUUCAGAGCCUCCUCUUCUCUUUCUCCUCUCCUCUCCUCUUCUCUCUCCUCCUCCCCUUUUGCAACUGUUGAAUAGAGGAAAGGGGGAAAGUUCCUUUCCAGAGGUGUGCAAACACAACCUAGUUGGUGUUGCUUAUUGACUUGGCAGAAUGAAGUCUUUGGGCUUAAACAACUCACUUUUUUUGUGAAUCCCAUGGAGGUUGUGGGGUUUUCUUUGUUUCUUUUCCUUUUCCUUUUUCUUUUCCUUUUCCUUUUUUUGGCGCUAACGCUAAAUCCUAAGAGAUUAAAAUGGGAUUUGCAAUGGAUUCCCACUUUCUAAAUGCAUAAUAGGAACAGCCUUUGCACCAGCAACAAAACUUGUAGAUUUCUGUGAAAAUGUUUUAUCUUUACUUAAAAAAAAACUUUAAAAAAAAAGAGACCUGCCCUUCUACAUCCUCUCCCAUUAGUUUUUUGAUAAAUGAUAAAAAAUGAGCCAGUGUCUAUCAAGGAAAAAAGUUUUCUCCUUUAAAAAAAAAAAAGAAAUACUCUUAAAAAAAUUUACAAUAUGCAGAGUUGCUGGUUUCUGAUAUGAGAAAAAAAAUACUCAUUUUAAUAAUUGUGCGAUGGAAAACUGCUUAAGUACACAUUGCAGAUCAAAAUACUUGGAGUUAAAAAUGUUAGUCUAUAUAGAUGGGUGAUUGUAACUUUAUUGCUAUUAAGAGAUUUAAAAACUGCAUUUAUGCUUCUGUGUACAUGGGAUUUUAAAACAAAAAAAAAUGGGCAAAAUAAUGAAGGUUGAUAUUUUCUUUUAGUCUGCUUUGUUUAAUUUUGCUGUCUGCUCUCCUAUAAUGUUGAGUUCCUAAGUGUACACAGUGUAGUGAUAUCUAGGAGUAUAAAGUUGUCGCCCAUCAAUAAAAAAAAAGUCACAAAGUUGG